UACUAUAAUCGUUUUUCGUGCUUACACUGGUUGGCAUGCUAUAAGUUUUAUUAUGGGCCAUCCAUAUUUACUUACUGAGUUUAUCUCAUAGUUUUUCGUUGUCCACCAUUUCAGGAAAUGAAACCGAGGACAAGGAAACCACGAGAAGUGACGAGUUAAAAGGCUAGCCAUCUUGUAAAGUGAACUUAGAUUUUAGAAAUAAAUCAUGAUCUUGUAAACUCGAGUGUAUUUGGAGAUUUUAUGAUAUCAAAGCAGAUUUUAAUAUUUUAUUUUUAGAUUUUUGGUGGACUCAAUGUCCCCAUUGAGAAUUCUCUCUCUCAACCCAGAAAAUCCCGGAGCUGCUCUGCUCUUCUCCCUUGUCCGCCAGCUGCUAUGUGGGUUUGAAUUUCUCGGCAUUUUUCGGUCCGUGAGUUUCCCUGCAGAUGCCGCCGGCUUCUUCUCCCUGCCAAGUCCGGUUCUUGCUGGAAAAUUCUGGUUCUUGAUCGUUCUGUCAGUUUAGUACAUGAAUUGAGUGCUCGGUUUUGCGGAGUGAGGUAAGUAAUUUAUGGUAAUGCCCAUACUAUUUUAAAAGCAUGUUUUGAUUUGUUUUUGAAGUGGUGGCGGGACUAAACCCGUUUUACACAAGUAUGACCGAUUUGAAGUGAAAUGUUUUAUGAUUUUCAUUAAAUUGAGCAUGCCUACUUGAAAUUUAAGUGACUGUCCUGAUGAUCUGAAAGUGAUUGUGAAUUGUGAUUUUCCUGUUAACUUCUGCCUGUUUUGUCUCCGAUGUGGUCAUGUUAUUAGUGACCCUGCUAGUGGGGGAGGUUAUAAACGCUAGCACAUGUCGACAUGUUAUUGAUAGAACCGGUUCGUUGAGUGACCCUGCUUGUGGGGAUUAUACACCAGCAAACAGUGCGCAUGCCAGUGGGUGUUAGACGCUGACCGUGACCUAUAGAGGAGACGUCUAUUUCGUUCUCGUAUUGUAUCCGUUUUUCGUGAUUGCACAUGUUGGCAUGCUAUAAGUUUAAUAAUGGGCACCCCAUAUUUACUUACUGAAUUUAUCUCAUAGUUUUCCUUGUCCACCAUUUCAGGAAUCGAAACCGAGGACGGGGAAACCACGGGAAGUAACGAGUUAAAAAGCUAGCCAUUUCGAGAUUGAUAUAGAUUUUAGAAAGAAAUCAUGAUCUUGUAAACCAGAGUGUAUUUGGAGAUUUUAUGAUAUCAGAGUAAAUUUUAAAGAUUUGA